AUGAUAACAGAGGGCAGCAGACUGAAAUUUUCUGCUAUCAGCUACGCUGAUAUUCUACACGAGGCUCAUAGGACAGUUGUCGGGAAGGUUGUACCUGGAUCAACUUGGCGGAUUGCGUUGAAGAUGAAUCAGGCUACCAGUAAUGAUAAUGUAGCCUGUAAUAAUUUGGCAAGAGAGAACCUAUUUGUCUGCUCUAAGUUGUGGAACACGAGGCAUGCACCAGAUGAUGUCAAACCAGCAUUGAUGGAGACACUGAAAGAUCUACAACUUGACUAUCUGGAUCUCUAUCUUAUGCAUAGCCCCAUUGCAUUCCAAAAGACAGGAUCAUUUAUGCCACGAGAUUCAGAAGGAAAUGUUCUGUAUUCUGAUAUUCAUUAUAAGGACACCUGGACAGCGAUGGAAACGCUUGUGGACGAGGGCUUGGUGAAAGCUAUUGGUGUUUCUAACUUCAACAGUAAACAAAUCGAUGAUGUUUGUAGCAGCUGUCGAAUCAAACCAGCUGUUUUACAGGUAGAGUCUCAUCCAUAUCUCCCUGAAAACGAACUUGUUGCAUUCUGCGGUGAGCGAGACAUUGUCUUCGAGGCCUACAGCCCCCUCUGUUGUGGCGACAGAGCCUGGAAGUUUGCCAGUGACUUGGACCUGUUCUCCGAGCCAAAACUUGUUGCAAUGGCAAAGAAGUACAAUAAGACAGUGGCCCAAAUUGCUCUGAGAUUUCAAGUACAACGUAAGGUUGUAGCAAUACCGAAGAGCGUGAACCCUGGUAGAAUUGCAGAAAACUUUCAGGUUUUUGACUUCACUCUCGAUGAACAGGAUUUCAACACCAUUAAAUCUUCACUUCCCAAGUGGAGAGUUUGCGUUGCAGCUAAGAAGGGACCGGAUAAUAAACCUAUUAUUGGGGAAGACGGACGACCAGUACCGAGGGAUGCAGACCAUCCAUUUUAUGCACACUAAGUCCAAGUGGAACAAGAUUUGGAUUCAAUAAAUAGUUUCAUUACACAUUUUUAUUUUUUAUAGUCUUUUCAUUUAAAUCCAUUUCUUUGUAUGUAUUUAAUUGGGUUCUUUUGGAGUUUUUUGCUUCUUUUUUUUGUUUAUUCAGACUUGUAGGCACUAGUACCAAGGAGAUGGCAAACAGUGAACUUAGCCACUUUUCAAAGUGGCAAUCCCAUCGCAAGACCAGGCCCGUAGCAUGACUUAAUUUGUGGGAGGUUCUUUUCGGUGGAAAGUGGACCCUUUGGAAACCAUUAUACAA